CCGGGCUGCGCCGCAGACGGCAGCAGCUCCCGCUCUGCCCGAGCCGCCUGACCGCCGGGCCGGGGUGCUAACCGCGGGUCCCUCCAGCCCGCCGGCCCGGCCAGCCCAGCCCAGCCCGGCGGCCCGCAGCCCCGCCGCCCGCCGCCCCCCGCCGUCGCCGCGUUGCCAAAACAAACGGGCCGGCCUAUUUAUUGGCGGCCGGCGAGCCGGGCAGCUCAGAGUCGAGGCGCCGAGGGGGACAGCACGCCGCCACCAGCCAGGGCCCCGGGCCCCCGCCCCGCACCUGAGUCCCGCCGGCCUUGAGCCGCGCUGCGCUGCCCAUGGCGCCCCCGCCUGGAGUCCCCAAGAGCCACCCAGACGCCUGAACCCCCGAAGCUCUCCCAGCCACGCGCCCACCCAUCAGCCCACCAGGCGCCGUCGCCUGCCGCUCUCCCGGGCUACCCGGCCAUGUCUCCCGCCUGGCUCCGACCCCGACUACGGUUCUGUCUGCUCCUGCUGCUGCUGCUGCUGCUGGUGUCGGCGGCGCGGGGUUGCGGGCCUGGCCGGGUAGUGGGCAGUCGCCGGAGGCCGCCUCGCAAACUCGUGCCGCUUGCCUACAAGCAGUUCAGCCCUAACGUGCCGGAGAAGACCCUGGGCGCCAGCGGGCGCUACGAAGGCAAGAUCGCGCGCAGCUCGGAGCGCUUCAAGGAGCUCACCCCCAACUACAAUCCCGAUAUCAUCUUCAAGGACGAGGAGAACACGGGUGCUGACCGCCUUAUGACCCAGCGCUGCAAGGACCGUCUGAAUUCGCUGGCUAUCUCUGUCAUGAACCAGUGGCCAGGUGUGAAGCUGCGGGUGACCGAAGGCUGGGAUGAAGAUGGUCAUCACUCAGAGGAGUCUUUACACUAUGAGGGCCGUGCGGUGGAUAUCACCACCUCAGACCGCGACCGAAAUAAGUAUGGACUGUUGGCACGCUUGGCAGUGGAGGCCGGCUUCGACUGGGUGUAUUACGAGUCCAAGGCCCACGUGCAUUGCUCUGUCAAGUCUGAGCAUUCUGCCGCUGCCAAGACGGGUGGCUGCUUCCCUGCUGGAGCCCAGGUGCGCCUAGAGAAUGGGGCGCGUGUGGCCCUGUCAGCUGUGAAGCCAGGAGACCGGGUGCUGGCCAUGGGGGAGGAUGGGAACCCCAUCUUCAGUGACGUACUCAUUUUCCUGGACCGUGAGCCAAACAGGCUGAGAGCUUUCCAGGUCAUUGAGACCCAGGAUCCCCCACGUCGGCUGGAACUCACACCUGCACACCUACUCUUCAUUGCUGACAAUCACACAGAACCAGCAGCCCACUUCCGGGCCACGUUCGCCAGCCACGUGCAGCCAGGCCAAUACGUGCUGGUAGCUGGGGUGCCCGGCCUACAGCCAGCUCGGGUGGCGGCUGUCUCCACCCAUGUGGCCAUGGGGUCCUAUGCGCCACUCACGAGGCAUGGGACACUGGUGGUGGAGGAUGUGGUGGCCUCCUGCUUUGCAGCUGUGGCCGACCACCACCUGGCUCAGCUGGCCUUCUGGCCCCUGCGACUGUUUCCCAGCUUGGCAUGGGGCGGUUGGACCCCAAGUGAGGGGGUUCACUGGUACCCGCAGCUGCUUUACCGCCUGGGGCGUCUCUUGCUAGAAGAGAGCAGCUUCCAUCCGCUGGGCAUGUCUGGGGCAGGAAGUUGAAAGGACUCUAACCACUCCCCUCCUGGAACUGCUAAGCUGGAUCCAAAGGCCUCCUCGCCAGGAAGGCUCUGACCCUGGAAGGCACCUGGCCUGAGGACGCUGGUCUCCAUCCUCUGUCCAGAACGGAGACACCAUCGAGACCUGACUAGGUGGUGCUGGGCCCACACCCUUAUCUCCGUGUAGUGGGAGAGCUGUGAACUGAGCUGACUGGGGAUGGCUCUCUUUUCCCAGAGACCUUGAAACCCAGCGAGCACUCACUGCUGCUCUUCACCUCCCACCUCCUUACAGGGGAGGACCCGUUCCAUCUGCCUUUGGACUGCUUACGCCAGUGUUUCUUGGGGCCUGGGUUUGUGAUGUCCCUGUUGGCAACUGGUCACAGUAUGAAGAGAGUCUACCUGUCUGUAGGCUUACAACCUCAGUUAAUGCUGCUAGAUUCCCUAGGAGCCAGUGGGGAGUUGGCUGGACUCAUUGCCUUCCAGAACUGAAAGACCACAGCCACCCUGGCCAUCCUGAAACAUGACCUUUAUCUGAAGGCCACACUCCUCCAGAAACGUCCCCAGAGUCUCUGUUCCAGGUCGUGUUACCCUAGUGCCUAGGACUGGGGGAGGAGCCUGGGUACCCUUGCCACCCCUGCCCAGGCUAGUCUCCCUUUUCUGCUGAACCCCAACCCCCAACCCCUCCUCCAGUCUGUCUCCCUCGCCUUAUUUAUUUGUAUGGAGGGGAAACCCAUGGGAGAAUUUUGGGAAUGUUUUGGUCUUUCCUUUCAUUUGUAAUAAAAAUUAUUUAAGUUGUUAGA